ACAAGAACCACUAGUGCUAUACUCUCUCACCCUCUCUUAUCACACACACAAACACAAGGGACUAAGAAGUAGUCGUUAUGGGGUCUCAACCCAAUGUGAUCGAUCAAGCUAUAGUUCGAAGCUUCCGAUCGCAAGGCGAGCCGGUAAGCGACGAGCUUGAAUGGAUACUCAACGACCCAAACUUGACGUUGUAUCAGCGGCUCAAGGCGGCGACUUGGGUUGAGCUUGUUUUGCUGUUUAAGCUUGCCGCUCCUGCUAUUGUCGUUUACUUGCUAAACAACGUCGUUUCGAUGUCAACCCAAAUCUUCUGCGGCCAUCUUGGGAAUCUCCAGCUUGCUGCUGUCUCUCUUGGUAACACUGGCAUCCAAGUCUUCGCUUAUGGCCUCAUGCUUGGUAUGGGGAGUGCAGUGGAGACGUUGUGUGGACAAGCUUACGGUGCAAACAAGUACGACAUGCUUGGCUUGUAUCUUCAACGAUCAACCGUUCUUCUAACGGUAACGGCACUUCCGGUGACAUUAAUUUACGUGUUUUCGAAGCCAAUCUUGAUAUUACUAGGGGAAUCGCCAGAAAUCUCAUCCGCAGCUGCGCUAUUUGUUUACGGAUUAAUCCCACAAAUUUUCGCUUACGCGGCUAAUUUCCCCAUACAAAAGUUCUUGCAAUCACAGAGCAUAAUAAAUCCAAGUGCAUACAUAUCAUUGGCAGCACUUGUAUUGCACCUGGUGUUGACUUGGCUGGCGGUGUUUGUAUUGGACUGGGGUCUAUUGGGUGCAGCCCUUGUGCUUAGUCUUUCUUGGUGGGUCAUAGUUGUGGCUCAAUUUGUGUACAUUUUGAUUAGUCCAAGGUGUAAACACACAUGGAAAGGAUUUAGUUUGCAUGCUUUUACUGGGUUGUGGGGGUUCUUCAAAUUGUCAGCUGCAUCAGCUGUCAUGCUUUGCUUGGAGACUUGGUACUAUCAGGUCCUAGUCUUGAUUGCUGGUCUUCUUCCAAAUGCUGAGAUCGCCUUGGAUUCUCUAUCAAUUUGCACAACGAUAUCAGGAUGGGUGUACAUGAUUUCAGUCGGAUUUAAUGCUGCUGCAAGUGUUCGAGUGAGCAAUGAACUUGGAGCAGGACAUCCUAAAUCCGCUUCAUUGUCAGUUGUUGUGGUGACCCUGUCGUCCCUAAUAGUCGCUGUAGUGGCUGCAAUCGUGGCCCUCGUUCUACGCGAUGUCAUCAGCUACGCAUUCACAGAAGGGGAAGUCGUCUCGAAAGCUGUCUCCGAGCUCACUCCCUUCCUUGCAUUAACACUCAUUCUCAACGGCAUCCAACCCGUUCUUUCAGGGGUGGCUGUUGGGUGUGGAUGGCAAGCAUUUGUGGCAUAUGUGAACGUUGGAUGCUAUUACUUCGUUGGUGUUCCAGUGGGUGCCGUCCUUGGCUUUACAUUCAACUUAGGAGCCAAGGGAAUAUGGACUGGCAUGCUAGGAGGUACAUUCUUGCAGACAGUCAUUUUAAUGUGGGUGACCUACCGAACUGAUUGGGAAAAAGAGGUGGAGAAUGCGAAGAGCAGGUUGGAGGCUUGGGAUGACAAGAAGGAGAAGGAGCCUCUUUUGAGCAACUACUAAGAAUCCAAAUGGAGGGUUGUUGUUUAUAUCUUGGUUUCUGUCGUCUUUAUUUAUUCUCAUAAUUUUGAAAAAAAUUUAUGAAAGUAUAGGAAAUCUAUAAUAUCUUGGAAUACCACAGUGUCUGUAUUUGGUUCAUGAAUCUCUCGGUCUCAGUUUUAACUACAAUAUAUAAGCAAUAUUAUCAUGCAUAUAAUUUUCUU